AUGCAGUGGGUCGCUCUGGCAGUGGCCCUGGGGUGUGUGUGUCUGUCCCGGGCCUCACACACCCCCACCCCUACCCCCACCUCCACACACACCCCUCUGGUGGACAACUCUGAGGAGGAAGUGGAUGAGCCGUGCUUUGAGCCGUGCACAUGUGAGGUCAAAGAAGGCGUGCUGCACGUGCACUGUGAUGGGCGAGGCUUCACUAAUGUCAGCCAGGUGUCACAGUCGUGGGUCCGCCCAUUCAAACUCAAUCUCCAGAGGAACUCUCUGAGGCGUCUCUAUAGCAACGGGUUUCAGCACCUUAGCAACGCAGUGGCGAUAAACCUUGGCAACAAUGCACUCCAGGACAUCCGGGUGGGAGCUUUCCACGGGCUGGCCAAGCUAAGACGGCUGUACCUCCAUGAAAACAAGCUGGAGGUGUUCCGAAAUGAUACCUUCUCUGGCUUAGAGGCACUGGAAUACCUCCAGGCGGACUACAAUGUGAUCAAACGCAUCGACAGCGGUGCUCUAAGGUUCCUCUACAAACUCCGGGUUCUCAUCCUCAACGACAACCUGAUCCCUGUCUUGCCUGCUCAUCUGUUCAGAUCGGUGUCUCUGACACACCUGGAUCUGCGGGGAAACCGUCUGAAGAGCCUGGCAUAUGCUGGGACGCUGGAGUAUGUGGGACGUUCCCUGAUGGAGCUGCAGCUGGAGGAGAAUCCCUGGAACUGUGGCUGUGACGCAGUCCAGCUGCAGCAGUGGUUGGGUCAGAUCCCCUACACGGCUGUAGUAGGAGAUGUCACCUGUGAGUAUCCCUUCCACCUUCAUGGCAAGGACCUGAGGGAAAUUCCCCGCAAAGAGCUGUGUGCUGACCUUCCAGAUAAAGAGUUACAAGGAGAGGGAGGGGGUCCAGUCGUUUCAUCACAGCCCCAACAUCUGCCCCCUAACUCUAAGCCAAAUUCCCACCCAGGUCGAGUCAGGCCUACAAAACCUUCCUCCAUGGUGCACGGCUCCCGCCAGAACACACACACCUCCUCCACUUCCUCCUCCUCUUCCUCAACAGAGCGUAAAGAGAGAGAGAGGCACCCAAAGCCAACAAAGAGGCCUCGACCCUCCAGAACACCCCCAACGCCCCGGAGCCUGCUGCCAAACCAGAAUCCCCCCGUCGCUGGUUACCAGACACGACCCCCCAUUCCCAUCAUCUGUCCCCUGGGCUGCAUGUGCAACCUGCACAUCACAGACCUGGGCCUGACUGUCAACUGUAAGGAGUGUGGCUUCUUCAAUGUGUCCCAGCUCACACCUCGGCCGCUCAACGGGCGCAAGCUGUACCUCGGUGGAAACCUGAUUCAGAGGAUCUACCGCUCAGAUUUCUGGAACUUCUCCAGCCUCGACCUGCUUCACCUGGGGAACAAUCGCAUCUCCUACCUGCAGGAGGGGGCCUUCUCCAGCCUGACAAGCCUGAGGAGCCUGUACUUGAAUGGGAACAACCUGGAGAGGCUCAGCCCUGACAUGUUUUUGGGCCUUCAGAACCUAAGGUACCUUUACUUUGAAUACAACGAGAUCCGUGAAGUCGAUCCCGGGGCCUUUGACUCCAUGCCGUCCCUCCAGCUGUUGUUCCUCAACGCCAACCUGCUGCGAAGCCUCCCUCUGGGUGUCUUCUCUGGAGUUAAUCUAGCGCGCCUCAAUCUACGAAACAACCACUUUCUCCAGCUCCCCGUGGAGGGCGUAUUGGAGCACCUGACUGGACUGGUGCAGGUGGACCUGCAGCAGAACCCGUGGGAGUGUAAUUGUGAAGCAGCUCCUCUGAAGCGUUGGCUGGAGGGGCUGAGCGCUGUGGUGGUGGUAGGGGAGGUGGUCUGUCAUUCCCCUGAAAAGACCAAAGGUGUAGACCUCCGCUCUCUCUCCAUGGAGCUGCUCUGCCCAGAGCUGGAGCCCCAGGAGGACCAAGAGCAAGAGGGGCAGACAUCCACCUCCACCACCUCAGACAGAGGUGUCUCGGUUGGCUACCCCGGCUCAGGGCUCGGCCCCAUGAUCCCUCCUGGGAAGGACUCCAUCCCUCUGUCGGUGUUAGUGCUCAGCCUGCUUGUGUUGUUUGUCUCUGCUUUCUUUGCGGCAGCGGCACUGAUCGCCUACGCCCUGAGGAGACGGGACAAACUGCCCUUCCGUCGCCAGGGAGAGGUAGAUUUGGCCGGCAUCCAAAUGGAGUGUGGGAUCUUCACAGAGCAGACACACCACCACCACCAUCAUCACCACGGCCUCCCAGAGACACCCCCUCUUCCUCCGCCGGAGCACAACCACGUCUACGACACCAUCUUGCCGCCAGAACCUGCCUCUGGAGGCCCUGACGUUCCUUCAGCCCCGCACAUGUGUAGCAGCCCCGUCUACAAAGAGGAGCAGGACGCAGUGGUGAAACAACGACAGCCGCAGCAGCCGCAGUUCGCAGGAUCUAAAGAGAGCGAGGGAGGUUACUGCUCUGCAACAGAGAAGGAGAGGGAAUGGACUCUGGAGGUGUCCUCAUCACCCAUCAACACAGUUGCCGGGGCGAUAGGACCCCUCGCCGGCCUCCACGGAAAUGGCAUCCUCUGUCCGACAGUCAUCGACAGCCAGGGCCCCACCCCUAAGGUAGAGCUGGUGGACUGCCUCUUCAGAAUCCCCGCCCCUGAGUUCAGGGACCUGCCAGACAGGUACACGCGGCCCCCACCCCGCUACCCGCACCCCCCAGACUCCAAACAGGACACCAGGCCCGAACAAACGCUGGUGGUCACCACAGCCAGCUCCUCAGCAGGCAGUAGUAAUAGCAGCCAGAGUGAGCAGGGAGCUGGAGAGCAGAGAGCAAGACUGAGGACCACACCAGACUACAUGGAGGUACUGGACCGCUCUUACCAGUUUUAACGCUCCUCCUCCUCCUCCUCUUUCUCCCAUCCCCCUUUCCCCCCUCCUCCUUCUUCUUUUCCUGCUACCCUC